GCAUGAUCGUGAAUAUUUUGCUUUCGGGAGUACACUGCUUCGGUUAAAUGCCAAAAAAACUAUAUAAGAAGCGGAUAUUCAACAGAAAGACAUCAAUCAGCUAACAAAGCUCAAAAGUCAAAAAUCGUUUUUUCUUACGAAUUCAAAACACAAAAAUUAACAAAAUGUACAAAUUGUUUGUCCUUGCUGCCCUCGUCGCCGUUGCCGCCGCUGCCCCAAGCCACUUAUAUGAAAGCCCAGUUGUGUACUCGGCUCCAGCAGCUGUUGCAUACCAAGAACCCGUCUUGGCUAAAGUUGGCUCCGUUGUGAAGAGCAUUCCCACCGCUGUCUCCCAUCAAAGCCAGUCGAUUGUGCAUAGCUCAGCUCAUGUUAUCGAGGAUGUGGUGGCACCAGUUGUGAAGACCAGCUAUGUCUCCGCUCCUGUCUUUAAGACUAUCCACUCUGCUCCUCUGGUGCACACCUCAUAUGCCGCCGCUGCCCCUGUCUUCAAAUCAUAUGGCGCGGCUCCAGUUGUGCACAGUUAUGCUGCGCCUUUGGCUUACGACACUCACUACUCAUCUUGGUAAACGGACGACAAAGGAGAAUAAAAUGGAUAAAAGAUUUUGUACACUGACUUUGUGAUAUAUAAAAUAACUUAACUGCAUACAAUAAUUAGCUAAUAACGUUGUUGACUUUUGAAUCAGCGCAUUGUUAAUAAAUUAUUUCAUUAAAUAAGUUGUAUAUUCGGACAUACA